CGAUGUUCUCAGCAGCUGCAACAUUGCAUAUGGCCGCUGAUCAUCAGCAAGAGAUAUUCAUCUUUCGACCACCGGAACCGCAAGGACCUGAAGAUGAAUCGAGCCAAAGUCCAGUCUUAGAAGUUGCUCCAGUCUUAGAAGAUGAACUUCUUGUUAGCAGUGGUCCUGCACUUCCGAAAGUAGAAGCUGCCGAUGCUCAUGUACUUGCGAAAGUAGAAGCUGCCGAUGCUGUUCCGAUUGCGACAGAACCGCCCGUUGACGAGUCUGUAGUUUCGGCGGAGAAGGUUGAGCAACCUGCUUCUCCUGACGAUGUGAGUUUAAAGUGUCGUGAGGACCUCGAAGAAGACCGUUUGGGAGCUCCAACCUUACUCCGUGAUCGGGAAGCCGAAGGCUCGCAACGAGGUUCAAUCGGCAGCACAACAUUGGACGGUGGAGAAGACGAGUAUGGCGUAGUUGAAAUGUUGAGCCAGUUAUCUACGUCUGGCGUGAACAAGAAGCGGCCUGCUCUUGAGGUUGUUCAAGAGGAGCCUGCUGGCCCUGAGGCUGUUCAAGAGGAGCCUGCUGGCCCUGAGGCCGUCGAAGAAGAUAAUGAAGAUGGGGUAAGAGGAAAAGUAGAUACAACUGAUACUGUUGAAGAACAAGGGAUCAUUGGUACAGCAGCUAAAACUUCUGGUACAUCGACUAGUCGAGGAGCAGAAGAACAGCAAGCAAUUAUCGUUACGGAUCUUCAUAUGCUUGGUCAAGCUCCUCCACAAGCUGAAGUUCCUCAAGCUCAAAUACUUCCUCGUGCUCAAAUACUUAGUCCUCAAGCUCCUCAAGAACAUCAAGUCGCUCUCGCUGCUCCUUCUUUCAUUGCACAUGAAGACGAUGAUCACCAUGAUCUACUAGAAGGACAAUCUAAAUCUUCACCUGCAGCUGCUUCUUCUCCGUCUGCUGUCCAGUCAGUUCAGAAUAGAAGGACUUUUUCGGUCUCGGUCAGGGUUCGAAACUCUCUACCUGCUCCUAUUUUGCCCGGUUCUCGAAAUAGUGCUCCUUCAAAAAUUUCUCUGCCUGGAGAUUCUAGUUCUAAUGGCAGAAGAAGAAUUUCAGCACCGGGACAGCUUUUCGAUGCCAGUAUUAGAAGAGCAGAGGAAGAAGCAGUUAUGCCUCUACAACCCGGCGUAGCAGUACAACUACCUCUUUCAAAUCAGGCUUCAGUCGUACCUAGUCCAAUCCCCUUCACAACCACCAGUAAACCCGCCGCGAGAGGACGCGCAAGUGUAGGGCCACUAUUUGCGAGUGCGCAUGGUUCCCCGAUUGAUGUCGAAAAGAAGUCUUCAUCUCUGCGUGUGAGAAAAUCCGUAUCUUCGCUUGAUACACAUGAACAAGUUCAUCUUAGCAAGGAGAAUUGUCGUGCAGCUGGACAACCAGAAGACCUAGAAGUGGAUCGUGGCAACCUCAGCGACUCAAGCGGCCACGAGUCAGAUGGCAACCCUCGAGCAGACGCAGCUUCGUACAGGGCGGGAGGAGCAACGGAAGUUAUCCAGUUCGGCGACCGAGAUGUCACCUACGGUAGCACGCUAGUGAACGAAGACGAAGAUGAUGAAGGAGCAGAAGGAGUGGUAAAUGAAGGACAGGUAGUAGGGGGAGAAGUACUUCUAGCUGUGGCAGCUGUUGAUGCUGAUCCACUAUCAGUUGUUGGUUGUAAGCCUGUAAGUGUACUAAAAAGAGCUGUUGGAGAUGAUCAUGCAGCCCCUCUGUCUUCUUCUGCUCGUCCUUCCUCUAUUUUUUACGCGCCUCCCGGCACAACGCCGUUCGCCAAAGGGGAGACAAGACGGUCUCAACGUUUGUCUCGGCAGCGUGAACACGCAGAGGCUGAAAAGGAAGCGGAAAAAAGAGAAGCCGCUGCUACAAUCCAAAGAAGGAUGCGAGAGCGAAAACGAAGACUGGAACGUCGUGAACAUGGUCCUGGUCAAGAGCAGAAUCACGGACAUGAUCAGCAACAGAAUCUUAACGGACAACACAAUGAUCAGCAUCAACAGCAUCCACAUCAUUACAAACGUGGGAGCGGCGGAGGAGGACGAGGUCAUAACUCUGCUCACAAACGAGGACAUAGAGGAGGCAAAAAUAAACACCACGUCGCUGCUCAGGGGGCAUCUCAGUCCUCUCAGUUCGGUCAACAACAUUAUUAUAGGAAUACAACUAGUUCAAGAACGCAAGAACAAGAGCAAGAUAAUGCUUCUUCAGGCGAAGAGGAGGACCCAGUAGUUGCUGAAUACGAUGAAGAAAUAGUUCCAUCACCAACCAACAACAAGAGGAACGACAAGCUUCCUCCUUCGUCCUCACCGAUAGGUGCAAGCCUCCAUCAACGUGGGACGAAGUCAAUGCAGGAGCGCAAGCGUGAGUCAAGUCGCAUGCUGGAAGUGAAACGAAAAUCUGAGACGCGUGGUGAAAACUACAAGUUUGAUCCUCACGGUAGACAGCAAACUUGGGAACGCUACGGUCUAUCACCUUCAAGUUCUGGAGUGCAACUACUUGUAGAAGACCAAAAGCAGGAUUCGCAACAACUUGUAGUAGCAGAAAACCAAGUUGAAGUUGUAGAUCAAAAUGUUGAUGUUGAUGUCCAACCUCCAGUAGAAGUGGUGAAAAGAAACCAAGUAGAAGAUGAAGCUGUAGUAGAUGUAGUGAAACAGAAAUAUCAAGCUGAACCUGCAGUAAAGACCAAGCAAGAUGAAGUUGUAGUUGUACCUGUAGUAAAUAAGAACAAUCAAGUUGUAGCGAAGAACAGGAGCCAAGUACUACUAAUUCAGGAAGAACAAGAACAUGAACAUCAACUCGUCCAAGCAGAACAGCAAGCCCCUCCAGAUGCACAAGGUGGACCCCUUGUAGUCCCAUUACAAAAUAUGGAAGCACAAGCACUAAGAGCUGAGUCUACUGUCGUUCAAAAUCCUGUUGCUCAGAAUGCAGUUGCUGCGCUUCCAGCUGACAUCGCCACGCCGAACGGCUGCCCAAUGGAGGCGAACGAGGUAGAGAAGCUUCCCUUUGACGAAACGGAUACCGAGACUGAGUCGGCAAAUAAUUGACGAAACUGACACAGAAACUACAGAGCCGGCGAAUAAUUAACCCGCAAGAUAAAGCCCCUGCCCAAAGACGGGCGACUAAUUAUGAACAUGCCCCAACUCCAAGUCCAAGAGAUGCAACCAACAAGUAUAGGUAACCUCCACGUCGACAUCUAAUAAACAGGCAUAGAGAUAGAUCUUCCAGAUUUUUCUCUUACUCUCAAUCAGAUAACAAAUACUUAAACAGACACAGAUUCAUAAAGAGACACAUAUUUAACCAAUCAAACAGAAACUGACUCUCACAAGCAAGCAGAAAACACAACAGUCACGUUGCAAAAUGUACUGACAAAUUUGACUUUCUAACUAAAAUUAUCGUUCAUCCCCUGUGAUGUAUUUCAAGGGAGGCGCAGAACCAGAAGCUACCAAGAUUGGUAACUUUUUUUGCACGUGGU